AUGGCCACAGCAGCUGGAAUGGUUUCAUCAUCGGCCUCGGGCAACGCCGGAGCGAAAUAUGAACGGAAUCAGGAAGCAACAAUCUUUGUGGGUAAUUUGGAUCAACAAGCCGAUGAAGAAUUAUUAUGGGAAUUAUUUAUGCAGGUUGGACCUGUGGUGGAUGUGAAAAUACCUCGUGAUCGGAUUACUAAUACUCAUUCCGGAUAUGCGUUUGUAGAAUUUAAACAUGAACAUGACGCAAAUUAUGCCAUUCAAGUGAUGAAUCAAAUUAAAUUAUUUGGAAGACCAAUGAAGCUGAAUCGAUAUGAUCAGGACAAAUCAGCAAAAAAUUUAGAUGUCGGAGCCAAUUUAUGGAUUGGAAAUUUAGAUCCUAGCAUUGGUGAUGAAACAAUUUUGAGAGAAUUAUUUGGCAGAUUUGGAGUCAUGAUUCAGAACACUCCACGGAUUCAACGAGAUCCCGAAACGAAUGAAAGCAAGGGAUUUGCAUUUGUGUCCUAUGACAAUUUCGAGUCAUCCGAUGCUGCUAAAAUGUACAUGAACGGUCAAUAUAUUGGAGGUCGGCCGAUUAUUGUCGAGUAUGCAUUUAAGCCCAAUUCUAGAGAGAGGUAUGGAAGUGAAGCCGAGAGACAAUUAGCUGCCAACAGACCACUCACACAACAGCAACAACAAAUGAGAUUGAAUCACAUGCAACAACAGCUUCAGGCACAGCAAAUGAUGGCCCUUCAACAGUUACAGCAACAGCCCCAGCCAGCAGGUGGUGUUGUUUUCAUGAUUCCCACCACCACUCAACCAGUACAAGGAGCUGUUCUUAUGCCACAGCAACCACAACAACUUCAACCUCAAUAUUUUAUUGCUACAAAUCCCAAUCAUCCAACCAUGCAGUAG